AAUAAGCCCUAGGGUGUCUCCUUGAGGAAAAAUAAAUAUAAGACCCUGUCUUAUUUUCGGAGAAACACGGUAGCUUUCAGUGAAGCGAGUGUUUGGGAGUGGAGCUAGAUGCUGGGUAGUGAGCCCCCCAUGUAGUGUACUCACUGGAGAGGGGUGCACAGAUAGUGACUGAAGGAUGGCCCAGGAGUGCUUAGGGAAGGUGAAGGGGAUCAGAGAUUGAACAGGGAGGCUGCAUCAGGGGGCCCAAGCAGGGAAAGGUGAGGAGCUAAUGAGCUGUAAUAAGAAUUUAGAAAAGAAAAGGAAACACUCUACAAAAUGACAAUUGAAUUUACUUCCAAAUUUUUAUAUUCAAUUUUUUUCUGAUUGUGAAAUUAAAAUAACAUUCUAAGUAGGAAUGGAAAAAGAAACAGAAGCAUGUAUUAUUAAUCACAUUUUAUGAUAGAUUUUUCCUUAUAUUAUGAAUAGUACUUAUACAAGUUUAUGUGCAAGUUCUCUUCCAGUUUAGUUUAUAUUGCUACUAUACAUUUAAGUAACUAUAUUGUUGUAUUUUUUACUUAAGUGAAAUCAUUACAUUCAUCAAACAUAGCAAACUCAAGCUUUUCAUCUAUAGCUUUGCAUUCUGAAAAUUGCAUUAUAUUCCAUUAUGUGGAUAUUCUCAUCACUUCCUAUGCACACAGAAAUUAUGGCAUCAGUACCACUACACAGACCCCAGUGGCAAUUAAUUUGCAAACAUAUGUAUAGAUUUUAAAAGGUUUAGUAAUAACUGCAACAAACUUAUCAGUCGAUGUGGCUUGCAGUUUUUACAUUGAAUAGUUUGCAAUACCUGAACAUAGUAUUAAUGCUAUCUUUUAUAUUUAUAAUAAUCAGAAAAUGUACAGAGUUUCUGAAAAACAUAACUUAAUGAUUACUAACAUUCUGUUAAAGAUAUUGUUUUCGUUCCUUGUUUAUCGAAAACUGAGGAGGAAUGCUGUUUGUUGAGUGCAGUGACUUAUUUUAGUGAGAACGGAGUAUGUUAUAGCCCUGGUUGCCUUAGCCUUUCAGAGAUGUGUAGUUGAAAUAUCUAAUUUCUUGGGGGAGGCUCAACACCAGCAGUGGUUUUAUUGGUCUUUCCUAAUGUCAGAUGCCAACUCUGGUCUUUGAAACGCGUGCUUGAGUAACUGGCCAGACACUGAAGUGUUGGCUGUCCCCUCUUGUCUGUUUUGUUAGAGUUACCCUUUACUAUUUAGUCCUAAGAAAGUUCCUAGUUUAUAGUAAAGUAGUUAAUCCUUUUAUGAUUUAAAAUCCUUCCUUUAUUAUAAACUAAGUCCCCAUGCGUUUAGGUCAUUUUACAGACAAAUCACCUCCCAUCCCCACCCACUUAGGCCUCAUGUAGGGUGGUCUCGAUAUUCCUGUGCAUUUAUUCUUCCAUAAGAACUGCAUUAUCAGUUUGUCUAAGCUCCUCAAAAAAAGCUUUGUUAGUGGUAUACAUACAUCUUCAUUUAUUUGGGGCUUAUUUUAUGUCCUGUAAAUUUUUAAAAUUUUGUUUGUGGUUGCAGAUACUUUGUUAAACUUAUUUAUGGGGAUUUAUUUAUUUUACUAUUAUGGGGGUUUUUUUCUUGAUGUAUUUACUGCUGAGGUUUUUCAGUUCAAAAUAGUCCUUUCUCCAUAUUUAUACCUUUCUUUUUCUCCAACUGCAUUAGCUAGGACUUCCAGGAUAAUGUUGCAUGGUGUUUGUGGUGUCCCUUCCCUGUGUCCACCUCCAGAGGAACCUUUAGUGUUUAAUAAUAUGCUUGCUUGCAUUUCUGUGAGAUAAGUCUUUAUUAUGCUUAAGUGGUCUCUUAGUCUUACUCUUUGCUGAGAAUUUAUAAGGAAAGGCUGUUGAAGUUUGCAAAUACUUUUUAACAUGUCACACUGCUCAUGGGCUCCACCUCCCCCAUUAUCCAUUGUAGGUAACGGUUUAGCUUCAGGGGACAUCAUCCUGUAUUCCUUGAACAGCUUUUCAUGGUCAUGGGCUAUCAUUUAGACUUUGCUAGGUUGGGUUUAUUAGAUCUUUUUGCAUUUGUACAUCAAAGUUUAUUGAAUAUCUUCUAUGAAAAUACAGUGAUAAAAAAGGCAACAGAGCCCUUGCCCUCGAGCACCUUGCAGUAAGGCCCUCGAGCAUCUUGCAGUAGGGUAUGAGUGCAGUUGCUCUAAUGUUCCGUUGGGUUCACACAUCUGAUUAUUUGGGUACAUUUUUACUGAUGGCCUUCCUAGGCCGUCCAUGGAUAGACUUCCUCCUCAGCGUUAAUGUUUUAUUUGAUAGUGUCAGGCAAUCCUUUAGACUUUUCCUCCCAUCAGCCAUCUGCAAAUGCAUAUAUUCUGUUUUCUUUAGUGGUAGGCAUGGCUGUUGCCAUGGAGAAGCUGGCCUGGGGUAGUGGGGGCCAGGUGGGUAGAGCAGUUAUGCUUUUGAUUGGUCAGACUCGCUGUCACAGAAGGAGGUCACCUGGAUCUGGUCUUCCCCAGUGAGGGUGAGAUAAGUAUGGGGCUCUGGCAGGUACUAAUUCAGCAUCCGGCCCCACUGCUGGUUGCCGUUUGGGCUGCAAAUGGAGGACAGAGUGAGUGAGAGGUAAGGGUUGGGUCACUUGGAGGGCAGCUAACCUCAUCACAUAAGGCUCACCUGGUGUCAGGUAGCUGAGCGGAAGGAUGUUGACCACUACUUCAUGUUCCUGGCUUUGGCUGUGGGUUGCUCUGACAUGACCUGUGUUAGACCAUGGUUACAAAGCAACAACAUACAACAGAUCACAUGCUUACCGCUCGCUAGUGAUCAUCUCUUCACAUUGCUUCACGUGCAGAAUGGUGUCACCUGCCAUCAUUAUUCAGUGCUCAAGGUUUUACCUUUUACAAACUGGAAACUAGAUGUAUAUAUGCCAGGAUUUAACCAUAAUGUAUAGCUAGCUGACUUUUUAGCUUUUUUCUUCUUACUAAUAUUUUAUCUACUUGGCUAUCUUUGUCCUUAAAUGGAAACUUGGUGGUUCAAAAGCCAUAGGUGGUUUUUAAUGUCUUUAAACAUAGGCCAAAGUGGCAUCCAGAAAUGUAGCUCAUGCCUGCACCAGCCGGCUUCUCCACACCCCCACCAGCAUCGAUUUUUAUCUUUUGAACAUUUGCUCAUUUGGGAGAGUGGGCAAGGGCAAUAUACGUAACUGCAACAUUUGUACCCCCACAAUAUGCUGGAAAAAAUAAAUAAUAAAAAGAAAAAUAAACGUAUUAAGUAAAAACAAACAAAAUUUGCUCAUUUGACAGGUCAAAAAAGUGUUCAUUGUAAUAUUUUAUGUUUCUUUGAUUUCUGAUGUUAAGUACUGGCUUUUAUGAGAGUAAUAUCAUGAACUUUAUUAAUGUUCUUUAUUUGCAUAUUGGACUAUCUUUUUCUUAAUACUAAGAGUUUCAUACAUUUGAAAUAUUAAUUGUCAUCUAUGUUGCAAAAUACUUUCCCCUUCCAUUUCUGGUUUGUUUUUAUUUAUUUAGAGGUACCUUGUUAUUUUCAAAGGUUUCAUAAUAUCCAUUAUAUGAAUAUACUGUAUCUUGUUUAUAAUCAACAGCACUUCAAGGAAUAUAUUCUUGUACAUAUGUCAUUACAUAUCUCUGAGAUAAAUUCAUAGAAGUAGAAUUGAUAGGAUAGGUAAUUGAUACUUUUAAUUUUGAUAAAAUUUAUAUUGCCACAAACAAUAUAUGAAUGUGCCUAUUUCUUCACAUACACACAGACAUAUAUAUUAUUGUUGAUCUUUAUGAUUAUUCUGCUCCCAAAGCCAUGUCUUCAUUCUCAAGAGUUUUCUCUGCCAUGGUGGAAAGGAGUAGCUAAAGUCUGAUUUUUUUUUUUUUUUAAGGUUUGUCUGUUAAAAAUCUUUCAUUUCUCAAUGCUCUUGUUGACCAAAGGCUGUUCUGGUUGGCCCGAUAAGAAAAUCUUGAGCAUGUUAAACAAAGAUUGUAUUUGUUUAGUCCUGAAUUUCUCAAAGAAGUAUGAUUUUUUUUUUUUGUACAGAAGAUGGCGAAAACUUGUGAUAAGGUACUUAUAGACAUUCAAGUGGUCACAUUAUUAAUGAGUAUAUAAAGUGUUUCAUAUCUUUUCAUAUCUUUUCUGUGCUCUGGGAAUGUUUUUUGUAACAUAGUAAAUACUUUCUUUGUUCAUGGAAAGUUUAUUUGGAAAGUUCCUCAAAUUAUUUCAACUUUUUAGUAUCCUUCCCUGGUGGUCAUAUUUUCUCUGCUUCCCGAGUCAGGUUUGGCUAUUUAUAUUUUCUUAAAAAAUUUUUGAUUUCCCAUAAACUUAUUAAGCCUUCAGUUCUGAUAUAUAGUUUUCAUCUAGUCAUGCUUUAUGCUUCACAUAUAUGUCUGUCAGGGAGAGAAAUUUACAUAAUAUUGAAACAUAUAUAAAUUUUACAUAAGAGAGUUAUAGUUUUAUGUCUUUCUCUCCUUACGCCUUAGCUUUGUUUUUCUUGUCAUGUUGUAAUAAGCUAGAACUCGAUGGAAUAAUGUUGAACAAUAGCAGCGUUGACUUCAAUGAGUUUGGUCCACAGUGGGUUAGUACUAUCUUUUUCUUGGGUUUUUUAGUUCUGCUUUCAUAAAGACAGUGUGAAAGUUUCCUCCUCUUGGCAUGGUUUACACAGCAUGGGAAUUGUCUGGGCUUUCCCCAAAGGUAUGGAAGGCCUCACCUUAGCACUGUUUGAGUCCCCAGCUACUUGGGGAGUUAAUUUUCUGACGCUUCUUUUACGUUUCUUCCUUGUUUCUUAGUUCACGUAUUUCUUUCUUUAAAACUCUGCAGGUACCUGUGUUUUGACUCUGUUCGUGUGGAGAUCUGCUUGGUCUGAAGUGCCAGGAAGGAUCCUGUACCCAGACAGGUCCCUGAGUACUGACUGUCACAGGCUGCUGCAUCUUUCCUGUUGACUCAUGUUUGGUUCCUCCAGUGAAAAUUUCACUUAGAGAAAUGCUGCCUCCAAAGCACUUGUCUGCCACCAAACCUAAGAAGUCCCGGGCCCCAAAUCUGUAUGAGCUAGACAAUGACUUGCCUAAGGAGCCGGAUGUCAUCGUAGGAGAAGGCCCAACUGACUCUGAAUUCUUUCAUCAGAGGUUUCGGAACUUAAUCUAUGUGGAAUUUGUUGGGCCUCGGAAGACCCUGAUCAAACUCCGAAACCUCUGCCUCAAUUGGUUGCAGCCGGAGACUCGCACCAAAGAGGAGAUCAUCGAGCUCUUGGUCUUUGAGCAGUUCCUGACCAUCAUCCCUGAAAAGCUCAAGCCUUGGGUGCGAGCAAAAAAGCCAGAGAACUGCGAGAAGCUCGUCAAUCUGCUGGAGAAUUACAAGGAAAUGUACCAGCCAGAAGACGACACCAACAGUGACGUGACCAGUGACGAGGACACGAACCCAGAUGGAAGAGAGUCCCCCCAGCCUCACUCAGUCCACUCUUUCAGCAGUGACUGGGAUCGUGACCGCGACUGGGCCAGGAGGGGCAGAAGCAGAGAUGUGGAGCCUCGAGGCCGCUGGCCAUACAGCAGGAACCCCAGAAGCAGGCUGCCUCGGCGGGAUCUUUCCCUUCCUGUGAUGGCAAGGACAACUUUUGAAAUGGAAAGAGAGGACAACAGGGACUCAGUGGACUGUGAGUCCCGGUCUCAGGAUGCUGAAUCAUACCAAAAUGUCAUAGACCUCACUGAGGACAGGAAACCUCACAACACAAUCCAAGACAACAUGGAGAACUACAGGAAGCUGCUCUCACUAGGGGUGCAGCUUGCCGAAGAUGACGGCCACUCCCACAUGACACAGGGCCACUCAUCAAGGUCCAAGAGAAGUGCCUACCCAAGCACCAGUAGAGGUCUGAAAACUAUGCCUGAAGCCAAAAAGUCAACCCACCGGCGGGGGAUUUGUGAAGAUGAAUCUUCCCAUGGAGUGAUAAUGGAAAAGUUCGUCAAGGAUGUGUCAUGCAGUCCCAAAUCAGGAAGAGCAAGGGAGCCAAGUGAUCGGCUGCAGAGGUUCCCCAGAAUGUCAGAUGAUAACUGGAAGGACAUUUCAUUAAACAAGAGGGAGUCAGUGAUCCAGGAGAGGGGUGAUGAAGGGAAUGCGUUUAGGGGAGGCUUUAGGUUUAACUCAAACCUUGUUUCCAAAAAGAGAGUUACUGAAAGAAAGAGGCGCUAUCAUUUCGACACAGAUGAGAAAGGCUGCGCCAGAAAGAAGCCCUUUGGAUGUAGUAGUGAAAUGAGGAAAGCUAUGAGCAUGAGCAGCCUGAGUUCUCCCUCCUUCACCAACGCACAGCCAGUUAUCGAUUUUGCGUCUAUGCCGUAUGUGUGUGAUGAGUGUGGGAGGUCGUUCGGUGUCAUCUCAGAGUUUGUCGAGCACCAGAUCAUGCAUACUAGAGAGAACCUCUAUGAGUAUGGCGAGUCCUUUAUUCACAGUGUGGCUGUCAGUGAGGGUCAGGCUGGAGGGAAACGCUUCGAGUGUAAGGAGUGUGGGGAGACCUUCAGUACGAGCGCCGCCCUGGCCGAGCACCGGCAGAUGCACGCGAGAGAGUAUCUCGCGGAAUGUGAAGAUCAGGAGGAUCAGGAAUACGAGGAGACCUUCAUGCCUAGCCCGACCUACACCGAGCUUCAGAAAAUAUAUGGCAAAGACAAAUUCUAUGCGUGCAGGGUGUGCAAGGAAACCUUCCUCCAUAGUUCUGCCCUGAUCGAGCACCAGAAAAUACACUUUGGUGAUGACAAAGAUAAUGAGCGCGAUCGCGAACGGGAGCGCGAUCGUGAACGGGAGCGCGAGCGCGCACUGGAGCGUGAGCGCGCACUGGAGCGUGAGCGCGCACGGGAACGCGCACGGGAACGCGAGCGGGAGCAAGCCUUUAUGCCUAGCUCAACCUUUAACGAGCUUCAGAAAAUGUAUGGUAAAGAGAAACUCUAUGAAUGCAAGGUGUGUGGGGAGACCUUCCUUCAUAGCUCAUCCCUGAGAGAACAUCAGAAAAUCCACGCUAGAGGAAACCCAUUUGAAAAUAAGGGUAAAGUGUGUGAGGAAACCUUUAUUCCUGGUCAGCCCCUUAAAAGGCGUCAGAAAACUUACUCUAAGGAGAAGCUCUGCGACCUUAAUGAUGGCCGGGAUGCUUUUAUGCAAAGCUCAGACUUCAGCGAGCGUCAGAAAAUUCAUUCUCGAAGGAAUCUCUUUGAAGGCAGAGGGUAUGAGAAAUCUGUAAUUCAUAGUGUACCCUUCACUGAAUCUCAGAAGAGUCAUACUAUAACAAGACCACCUGAAAAUGAGGAGAAGGCAUUCACCAUCAGUUCUAACCCCAGUGAAAACCAGAAGUUUCCUACUAAAGAAGAUGUCUCUGAGGGGAAACCAUAUGAGAGGUCCGUUAUUCAUAGCUUAGCCUCUGCUGAAGCUCAGAAAAGUCCCAGUGCAGUGGGGCCCAUUAAACCCAAAGUGAUUGCAGAGUCUACCAUCCAGAGCUCAGAUGUUAUUAACCAUCAGAAAGUCCAUGCUGGAGGGAACACCUGUGAAGGAAUGGAAUACAAGAGGUCUGUUAUUCAUAGCUUAGCAGCUCCCAGACCUCUGAAUAUUCACAAUGGAAAUGAACUGCUUGAAUGUACUGAGAAGGGAGAGUGCUCCAUUUAUAUCUCAGACCUUAAUGAUAAGCAACAGAAGAUUCCUGCCAGAGAGAAGCCUUACGAAGCGAGUAAGAAUAACAACUACAAGGACUCUGUUAUACAGAGUGUAUCCCAUGCCACGCCUCAGAAAAGGCUUACUGGAGAGGGAUCUGGUGAAGUUAAGAAGGAUGGUGAAUUUUCUGUUCCCAGCUCAAAUGUUCGUACAUACCAGAAGGCUCGUGCUAAAAAGAAAUACAUUGAGCACAGAAGCAAUGAAACCUCUGUAAUUCAUUCUCUGCCCUUUGGCAAACAGGAAACAGUUCGCCCUAGAGAGAAGCUCUAUGAAUGUCAGGAGUGUGGGGAGUCCUUUGCUUGUAGCUAUGACCUCACUGAGCACCAGAAGAUUCACGAUAGAGAGAAGCCUUCUGUAAGUAGAAACUAUGAGCUAUCUGUCAUUCGCAGUUUGGCCCCUGCUGACCCUCAGACAAGUUAUGCCCAAGAGCAAUACGCUAAGGAACAGGCACACAUUAAAUGUAUGGAGUUCAGGCAAUGCUUUGCUACUAGUAAAGACCUCAACACACAUCAUAAAACCUCUACCCAAGAGAAGUCCCAUGGCGAGGAGACUGAAGGCAAGGACACCCAUGGCAAGAAGACGCGUGACGAGGAGACUCAGGGCAAGGAGACUCAUGGAGAAGAGACUCACGGCGAGAAGAUUCAUGGUGAAGAGACACAUGGCAAGGACGUUCAUGGUGAGGAGACCCAAGGCAAGGAGACCCGUGGUGAAGAGACCCAAGGCGAGGAGACCCGUGGUGAAGAGACCCAAGGCGAGGAGACCCGUGGUGAAGAGAUCCAAGGCGAGGAGACCCGUGGUGAAGAGAUCCAAGGCGAGGAGACCCGUGGUGAAGAGACCCAAGGCGAGGAGACCCGUGGUGAAGAGAUCCAAGGCGAGGAGACCCGUGGUGAAGAGACCCAAGGCGAGGAGACUCGUGGUGAAGAGACCCAAGGCGAGGAGACUCGUGGUGAAGAGACCCAAGGCGAGGAGACCCGUGGUGAAGAGACCCAAGGCGAGGAGACCCGUGGUGAAGAGACCCAAGGCGAGGAGACCCGUGGUGAAGAGACCCAAGGUGAGGAGACCCGUGGUGAAGAGACCCAAGGCGAGGAGACCUGUAGUGAAGAGAUCCAUGGCCAGGAGAUGGUUGAAGACUCUGUCAUUCAGGUCUCAGAAGUGGCUGAACCUCAGAUGGAAGACCCUGAUGACACAAUCUAUGAAUGUCAGGACUGUGGGCUGGGCUUUGUGGAUCUCACAGACCUCACAGACCAUCAGAAAGUCCACAGCAGGAAGUGCCUUGUUGAUAGCCGUGAGUACACGCAUUCUGUGACUCACACCCAUUCCAUCAGCGAGUAUCACAGAGAUUACACUGGAGAGCAGCUGUUUGAAUGCCCAAAGUGUGGGGAAUCUUUUAUUCAUAGCUCAUUCCUUUUUGAGCAUCAGAGAAUCCAUGAACAAGACCAGUUGUAUUCCUUGAAGGGGUGUGAUGAUGGUUUUAUUGCCCUCUUGCCGAUGAAGCCACGGAGGAAUCGUGCUGCAGAAAGGAACCCUGCCCUUGCUGGGUCAGCCAUUCGAUGCCUUCUGUGUGGGCUGGGCUUCAUUCACAGCUCUGCCCUUAAUGAGCAUAUGCGACUUCAUAGGGAAGAUGAUUUACUGGAGCAGAGCCAGAUGGCUGAGAUGGCUGAGGAAGCUGUCAUUCCAGGCUUAGCCCUCACUGAGUUUCAGAGGAGUGAAACUGAAGAGAGACUCUUUGAAUGUGCCAUAUGUGGAGAGUCCUUCUUUGAUGCAGCUGAACUUGCGGAUCAUGUGAGUGUUCAUAAGAAUGAGCCUUAUGAGUAUGGGUCUGCCUACACUCAUACCUCAUUUCUUACUGAGCCCCUCCAAGGAGCUAUACCAUUCUAUGAAUGCAAGGACUGUGGCAAAUCCUUUAUUCAUAGCACAGUCCUCACUAAGCAUAAGGAGCUUCAUCUUGAAGAAGAAGAAGAAGAAGAAGAAGAAGAAGAAGGAGGAGGAGCAGCAGCCCAAGAAGUUGAGGUCAAUGUCCUUGUUCCACGAGAAGUUCUGCGGAUUCAGGGGUCAAAUGUAGAGGCUGCUGAGCCAGAGGUGGAGGCUGCCGAGCCAGAGGUGGAGGCUGCCCAGCCAGAGGUGGAGGCUGCCGAGCCGAAUGGCGAGGCCGAAGGGCCAGAUGGAGAGGCUGCAGAGCCGAAUGGAGAGGCUGAACAGCCGAGCGGAGAGGCUGACCAACCCAGCGGGGACGCUGACGAACCAGACGGCGCAGGGAUCGAAGACCCAGAAGAAAGAGCUGAAGAGCCAGAGGGAGAUGCUGACGAGCCUGACGGUGCAGGGAUCGAAGACCCAGAAGAAGAAGGUGAAGAGCAAGAGAUCGAGGUGGAAGAACCGUGCUAUGACUGCCACGAAUGCACAGGAGCCUUCACUUCCUGUGCAGCAUUCGGUGAGCACCUGAAAACUCAUGCUAGCCUGGUCAUCUUUGAGCCUGCCGGUGCCUUUGGGGGGUGCUCCGGCUACAUCGAAGGUGCCAGCACCAGCACAGGCGGUGCUGGUCGGGCUGACGAGAAGUACUUCAGAUGCGACGUCUGCGGGCAGCUCUUCAGUGACCGCCUGUCCCUCGCCAGACACCAGAACACCCACACCGGCUGAGAGCAAAGGUUGGGAGUAAAGGUUGGGAGACCUUCCCCUAGGACUUGACUCCUAACCAAACUACGGAAAAUUCAGACCAACCAUUGACAGUGUCAGUAGCAAACUUACCUUAAUGUAUAACACCUGACUUAACAUCAGACCGCUCAGCCCAAGAAGCGGCUGCGUGUGAACACUCUCAGUAUCCGUCUCUGCAUCACACACCAGUGCUGCGUGCGGACCUUUCACACAGAUAAGUGAGGGGAACCCCAUAAGUGUUCGAGAAUACAGAGAUUGCCCCGAUCAACUGUAAAUGACACGCCUGAAAACUAUAUUUCCUGAGGUGUAUAUAAAAUAGCAAAUCAUAGCAAAACAGUGAUCACAUAUUUGGAUUUAAUAUGAUACGUAGUUACAGUUUGCUGUGCAGAGGCACCUUACUUGGUAUCUUUGAUUUUUCCUUUUUUGGAGGAGGGAGAGAGCAACAAAUUAGAAUAUAUUUGUAAGUGUCUUAGAUCCUGAGAAAGAUUGAUUGUGCAUUAUUUGAACCCUGUCAGUAUCUUUUUGAGUAUUUUGUUCCUUACUCUUAAAUAGUCUUGUGAAGGUGUAGGCAUGAAAGAUAACAUGUCUUUUACUCUUUGCUGUUUGAAAAGAGACGUUCUUUCAGCUUCUUCCUGCAGCCAUUUUGUCUGCACCAACACUCUGGAACCUAAUGUCGUGUGAGCUUUUUACAAUACGCAGAUUGGCCUUUUGUGACUCACAUUGAUCCGUUGCCACAUUGUAUGUACCUUGCAGUGGUUCUCAUUUAAAAAUAUUACAAGUUUCGUUGUUUUUUUUUUUUUUUUAUAAACCAACUCAACAUGUGUUCGAUAGUGAAUUCAUAAAACCUGAAGCUUUUCCCUGUAAAUCUUAACAUCUUUGCCUUUAAAGAAUGGGUUGCAACCAUCACUAGAUCACUAGUGCCUGAUGAAGGUUGAGAACCAUGGGAGAGGCUCUCUUGCUGUAAAUAAGGAUGCAGGCUAACAACCUUUCAUCGCUUCCUUUGUGCGCUUCCCUGCCUUAAGUGACGAGUAGCAGUGUGGCUUGGGUCCCCUGUGCGUUAGUGUGUGCUGCCACAAGUCAGUUUGCAACCUGGGUGCCCAGGAGCUAAUAUCCUUAGAUCUUUCUAUGGCUAAUUUUCCUCUUCUUUACCUGUCGUACUCUCUAACCCUACGUUUUUCCUUUAAAAUAAAAAGAAAGCUUUCUUUACAGUCCAACCCAAGCUUGACAUGGACUCAGGGUCCCCAGCAGCCUUAAUUUGUUUUGGUGCCAUGUGUUCCUUCUCUUUUAGCCCUCAGUCUUUCUGAGCUGUCCAUUAGAGUCUCGUAUUUGUCUGGUCUUCUCAGUUUUCCUCUUAAUCACAAGUUGAUCUCACAGCUUGAGGUACCCCCCCGCGCACUCCCCCCAACCCCUCUCCCCCGCCGUGUCCUAUAAUGUGGAUCACCUGUGCUCCUUUACUUCCCUUCCCCUCGCAUAAUGGCUAUAUUAAUAAAUUUUUUUGGCCAUGAGUUGGCUGGAAAAAAAAAUUUAAAAUUUAAAAAAACUUAAAAAAAAAAUAAAAGAAGAGAUCUGUACAUUAGGUGAGCAAAAUAAGUGCAGAUCAUUAAAUACCCACUGGGGGAAAUGUGUCUGAAUCUUACUCUCCUAGAUUGGGAUUAGGGCUCGUGGGAGUUUGUCAAAGCUGCAGGUAAUACCAAAGUGUAGGGACAUUGUAGAGUUAGAGCAAGAAGCAGAAAUGAAUAAACCAAAGAAGGGGGAGUCCUAAUACAUCACCAGACCUAGGAGGGAGAGGAGACAGACAGAAGAAAACACCGGAGGGAGGAUUGGAAAGCCAGGUUGGUGAGAAUGAAUUGAGUGGGUGUCCUGCCCAGUUUGAAGGAAGGCGCUUUCUUGAUGGCAUGGUGUAGGUGAGGGCCAGCUGCAUAGGGAAACCUGAGGUUGGAAUGGACGUCCUGGCAUGCCGAGGGGCAGUGAGGCCCUGCAUGGGAAGAGGAGUCUUGAGACACGGGACUCAGUGUUGAUGUUGGGGUCAACUUGAUAGGCUCGUUACUGUUAGCAGUGUUAAUCAGUAGGCUCUUUUCAGAAGGCAGUUGUCAGACGUCAGGUGUCUGUUCCAACCUUAAGUUUGUGAAAAGUUAGUAACAACUUAAAUGGUAAACAAUAGGGCAAUGAUUAAGUAAAUAUCUGUGGACUCUUAUGCAGCUGUUUGAAAAUGAUAAUCACGAGUUGUGUAGUAACAUGGAGAUGUAUUUGCAGACUAUUAAGUGGAGAGGGCAGGACACAAAAUUAUAUUUAUACUACAAUUAUAACUGUUAAAAAAUAUAUGCUUAUAGUGAAAAGCUGUCGUGGUGGUGGUGGUGUUGUUGUAGGCUUAUAGUUGAGCAUUAUUUUCUUAAAUUCCUUGAUUGUUCUUUAUGGUAGUGUUACUAAAAUGUUUAUGAUCACAUUUCCAUUGUGAACAUAAUUUGAACCCAUUAUCAAACACUUGGAAAAUACAGAAAAGUGGAGGAAAAAAAUUUACAUCCCCCUCAUCCAAAGACAGAUAUACUCUUCAGUACCUUGUUUACUUUUGUUUCUGUGCACAGGUUUAUGAUUAUAACUGUGUCAAAAUGUGUAUUCAAAAUAGCUGUUAUGUUACCUUUGUGGAAUUAUGGUUAAAUACUUUCAUCUUAAUUUUUUCAGAUGUUCCUUAAAGUAGUGUCCUGAUAACAAAGUGUAUUAUGUAUGUCUCCUUUACAAACAUAAUACAUUCCCUCAAAAGAAAAAUUGGGAAAUAACAGUAAAUUAGAAAGAAAAAAUCCUCCCAUACUCCCAGCACCCAACAACUAACUGUUAACAUCUUGAUCUAUUUCCUCCAUUUUGUUUCAGUGCACAAGGUUGUGAUUAUAACAGUGUUUUAAAUAUGUAAUCAUAAAGUCUAAUAUGAAAGAAAUGUGGAAAAUAACUAAAAUAGUAUUGUCGUUGUGGGAUUAUGGUUAAAUAUUUUGUCUUAAAUUCAUUGAAUAAUCUUUGGUGUUUUGGUAAUAAAUUUUAUGUAUGAAUUUUUCCAUUACAAAUAUAAUACAUACUCAUAGAAAACUUUGGAAAUUCAGUAAAGUAGAAGAAGAAAAUUCACCCAUAUUCCCAACACCCAGCAACAACUGCUGUUGGCAACAUCUUGAUCUGUACACCGGUCUGUGAUUACUGGGGUGUUAAUGAUGAGUAUGCAUAAGUGUCAAAGAUGGGAAGAAGGAUGGAAAACAAUUAAGAAAUGGUUGUGUGGUCGUUGUGGGAUAAUGGUUAUUUUGUCUCGAUUUCCUUGAGUGAUCUUCAUCAUUAUAGUGUUUUGGUAGUCCACCACCUUAUUACAUAUAUUUCCAUUACAUAUGAAGAUAUGAAAUAUGUGUUUAUUAUAGUAACUCUGAAGUACAGAAAUGUAGACGAGACUCACCCAUAUUUUCACCAUCCAAAGACUAUGGUUAACAUCUUGAUGUAUUUUCUUCAUCUUGUUUCUGUGCACAGGUUUUUGGUUUGUUAAUAUGGUUGUGGUCGUUCUAUCUGUAAUAGUGUCAACAAUAAAAAUAAAGUUAAAAAUAAAAUAUUU